AGCUGCAGCACAGUGACUGUAGAGUGGAGACAGAGGUCGUCUUCUGUGGGUCUUCAUCACGUCUUCUGUGGGACAUCACUGAGUUAAAGUUAAGGUCCAGCAGGACAGGUUCUCCUGAUGAGUCACUGCAUUACAGGGAAACCUGCAGCCAUGUUGGACAGAGAGCAGGGACAGGGAGAGGAGUUCAAAGGCUGACGUUCACCUCUGUUUGUAUUUGGUUUGAUUUAACCGGAGAAAACCAGAAAGGACAGUGACGUGGGAAUGAUCACACCGUGGAUUUUUUUCCUCUCACUCAGAAACGGCUCAUGUCGAGUGCAUCUUCAUUAAAGGCAGCAGAGUUUAGUCGCAGCCUGUUGUGAACAGGGUUGGCGGUUCGAACACCUUUCCGGUAAAUUAAGACCCCUGUCUCAAUUAGAACUUCCUCCACGUGCGUGCGUAAAGUGGAAUCCUGGGCGCGCACAAGCGCAGCGCUUCACUGCGGGCACCAGCUGCGUUAUUCGGAGGGUGAGGGUGAGGGCUACGGACGAUUCAUGGACCGAUCCGCCUCUCAGAUUGGACCGGUCUUAUGAAAAAAACCCUUGACAUGGUCUGUGUCGGUCUCAUCUGAAAAUGAGACGCGCGGACCUCCGUUGGUGAGCAGAUUUGAGGUCUUCUGAAGGAUUGUGGAUAUUUCGGGGUCUUUUUUGUUUGUUUCCCGGGGUCUGAUUGUGUGAUGGGGAUAUGACACAUCUGAGGAACCAGUGAGAGAAUUCUUCAGCGUCAGGCGCGUCUGCGGCGGGAGGACCAAGCGGAGGGACUCGGAAACUUGUGUGGCGCAGGAGACCGCGUCUCCCUUUUUUUUCCGCGACGGUGCCGUCAGGGAGGAGAGUGAGGGAGGGAGCCAUGGUGAACUCUCUCCUACUCGUCUUCAGCCUGACUGUGCUCUCCGAAGUGGCCAGGGCUCAGAAUGACACGGAGCCCAUCGUCCUGGAGGGCAAAUGCCUGGUGGUCUGCGACUCCAACCCCACCACGGACUGGAAGGCUUCGUCCUCUCCGCUCGGCAUCUCCGUGCGCGCCGCCAACUCCAAGGUGGCUUUCUCUGCAGUCCGGAGCAACAACCACGAGCCGUCGGAGAUGAGCAACAAAACUCGAAUCAUCUACUUUGACCAGGUCCUCGUCAACAUUGGAAACUACUUCACGUUUGAGUCAGUAUUUUUGUCCCCGAGAAAAGGAGUCUACAGUUUUAACUUCCACGUCAUUAAAGUGUACCAGAGUCAGACCAUUCAGGUCAACCUGAUGUUGAAUGGGAAACCAGUGAUCUCUGCCUUUGCAGGCGACAAAGACGUCACCCGCGAGGCGGCCACUAAUGGAGUUCUGCUUUAUUUGGAAAAGGAGGACAAAGUAUACCUCAAGCUGGAGAAGGGAAACCUAGUGGGCGGAUGGCAGUACUCUACGUUUUCCGGCUUUCUCGUCUUCCCUCUGUAGAUGAGACGAGAUGUCGAACGUACUCUGAAUCCUUCAUAAUGUAUCGUCACCUUAUAAUCUAAACGUUGCCCUACAGUCUGUGGAUCGUGGAAAAACGGAGGGAAAAUAAAAAAUCUAAACAUCAGAUAAAAGACUAAAGGAACUCAUUCACGGUCCAUGAUGAGGACACUUCCUGUCCAGGUGAAGGACACGCGGUGUUUCCUGUUCUCACAUUACACUUCUCUCUCCGUGGGAUUCACCGAAGAGAACGCUCAUGUUCGGCAUACAUACUGAGCUCCCGCCUGAUGACAGUUUCUGGCUCUAUACUACAUAUGAUUUGUAUAUAUUGUAUUGUACUUGCAUCAGUCGUGCAGUGUGGCAUCAUCGACGGUUUCAAAAAGACGACGUGUGUGUGUGUGUGUGUGUGUGUAGGGUUGUCACAGUGUUGACAGAAUCCGCAAACGGCCGUGCAGCCGGUGGCAGAGACGUCCAUUUUGGACAAAGUCUGGUCGAACAAAUGAGAUGACAGUCCAGUGACCAUGAGACAGAGAGAGAGACAGAGAGACAGAGAGAGACAGAGAGUGAACAUGAAGUAAAGGUUGUGUUUGAGUCAUGCUGCAGUAUUAGAUCAGACCGUGGUAUAUCAGUAUGAGUACGAGCCGCAGUCAAUACGUUUUAAGACAAAUGGAAAACAUAUUUAUGGAAAUACUAAGUAACAACUUCUGUAGUUAAAAGCGUAAACACGUCCUUGAUCAGAGAAUGUCAGGUCACAGUCACAGCUUCUCUGCCUCAUCUUGGGCUGGAAAUCAAUUUUCCUUUUUCUUUUUUUUUUUUAUUCAGAGUUUGGACGAUCAUUUCAACAGAUUUUUUCUUCCAAUUUUGAUUUGAAAUGAGAUGUUUGCUCUGAUAAAAAAAAAAAACUUCACUUUUGAUGUUGAACAAACCCAGUCAAAUGAAACACAACACUUAACACAACGAGAAAAUAAUUUCAGAUCGGUGUGAGAACAGAACAUUCACUGAUUGGUUUUAAAAAUCCUGGCAGGACAGAUAUACAAAGUAUAACUGUUUCUGAUAGCAGGUCCAUGUACAACGUUUCUUUGUACUGUACAACUCAAGUCAGUGGAGUUGGGGCUUGAUGGAUUCAAACCCAGGACCUACAGCAUGACAUGAACCCACUGCACACCUGUCAGCCCCGUCCUUCCUCACAUAAAAAAAGUAAUUAAUGAAGAUUUGUAAAGUCAAACAAAUGCAAAAACAUAUCAAAUAUACUGUUUAUACAAAAUGAUGAGAAAAUGGGAACAAAACCCAACGACCGCGGAGAAACAAAACUAGCGCCACAAUUGCGCAAUAUGUCGCGAAAAGGGACGACGAGGAAACGAAAUACAAAAUGACUUCAAAGACACAAUAAAAACGACCGCGACGAGAAACAGAAUGUCAUUUUUAAUCUUUGUGUGUGUUUUUGGUCUUCAGGUCUUGUGGGGGCGGGGUUUCCUGUACAAGUGUGUUUAUGGACUUGUUGUGUCACAGAACUUAUUAAAUCAUAUUUAAAUGUAAACGUUGUCUCUUUGGAAUUCAGUUUUUCAGCAACAUAAUUUAUUUGGUAAUAAAAAAAGUUUCAUUUUUGCAGAACUUCCUGUGAUCAGUCCAGAGUAAAUGAGUUAUUACUUCAUCAUUUCAUCACUGCUGUGUACUGCCGCAGAUGAUCAAAAUGAAAAUAAUAAUAAAUAAAAAAAAUUAUUAUGCAGAGGUUAUAACUAAUUUUAAGUAUAAGUUCAAUGCAAAAAGUGAACGUUUGGUAUCUUUUUGUUCCGGUUCAUGUGAGCGCU